UGAAAAGUUAUUUCACGAAUCAUUGAAAAUUACCAAAAAUAUCGCUUACUAUCUUCCUCGUAACAUCACGAAUCUUGCAGGUAGAGGAAACACAUGUGAAAUACAAGAAGUAUACAUUAACGGAAAAUUGAAAACAAAAGUUGUUUAUUAUGGUGAACUAGUGAACACGGAUUUCUGCGAAGACGUUGAU